AUGUUGCAUUGCUGUUCGAGUGCGGAUCAUCCAAGGAGCCAGGGUGCGAUUGAGCGCUUCCACCAAACUCUAAAAACUGUGUGGCGCACUUAUUGCCUGGAGUCUAACGAAGACGAGAAAGAGGAUGUCCAUCUCCUCCUCUUUUCCACUCGUGAGGUGGUUCAGGAGUCUUUGGGUUUCAGCCCAGUGGAGUUGGUUUUUGUGCACACUGUACAUGGUCCUCUUAAACUCCUGAUAAAGAGCAAUGAUAAACCACACAAGUUGUUUGAUUUUGUCAUCAAAUUCUGUUUCAAAUUGGCCAAGUAA